CUCUCCACUCCUGUAUGGAAAUGCUCUGAUUCUCUUACCUUCAGCCUAAGUCGCCGUUCUUCCGCUUGAUCUGUGACGCACAACGCCACAACGACGCCGUCGACCAAUCACCGUCGUCGUCUCCAUCUUCACGCCGUUCGCUAUGUCUCUUCCCCUGUUUCGUCAGUUUGUCUCUCGUUCAAGUAGUUUGUCGCUCUGCUCCUCCCUGGUACAGUGGUACUCAUUGCUUGCUUAAGGUGUUCUCGAGUGUACUUCUACUUCUUCGCUUAAACUCUAUGCGUACCCAAAGGUGGAGACAGACGAAAUAUAGGGACAAGUUUUGUUUAUACUUUAUAUCCUAACCGAAGCCCAUUCUGCCAGUCCCAUAUGACUAGUGAGGGCCAAGGGCUGCUUUUUGCAGCAGCCAGGCAGAGGUGAGAGCUCAGAGAAUUACAGAGAGUGAUGGAAGCUGCAGACCGCUACAAGUUUCUUCCCAUACAAGUUGCUGUGAAAUGUAUCAAUCAAACAGUGAACAUAACAGGCAUUAUAGCUGAGUUUAGCUUGCCAAAGCGAAGUAGGGGCACUGAUUACUAUUGUACCUUAAGAAUAAUUGAUGAAUCAUAUCAAAAACCUGGGAUGCUCGUUAAUAUUUUUGCUGGAAGCUCGCAACAGCUUCCUAAUGUUGUAGAAAGAGGAGACAUAGUUCAGCUUUUUAAUGUUAUGGUAACAGCACAUGGUGAUGGUGUAAAUGCUGUUUUCAAUAAAAAGUUUUCCUCUUUUGCAUUAUAUAAUGGGAAAGACACUGAUGAUUUUGUCCCUUACCAAGUUUCUUCAAAAUUUCCUCCUAGAGAUAAGGACAAAAUGCUCUUAGCUGAGCUUAGAAAAUGGCUGCUCAAUUCUCAGCUCAUUCAAGAUUCUCAUGACUUUCCAAUGUUAAGAGAAACCAAGGAAGGCAAUUGCUGCAGUUUAGUAUGCAAGAUACUUCUUUUUUGUGAGGCUGCAAAUCAAGAACGGAUGGUCUUUGUUUGGGAUGGUACAGAUUUGCCACCAAACAGUAUAAGUGCAAAGCUAGAGGAUGAACUGCACAAUCAUCUUCCAUUACAUCAUGAACUCGUGCCUCUACCAAGAGAGUUAUUGUGUGCUUUUCCUACCGUUGGGUCCAUCUUGAGAAUAGCAUAUGACCAAAGCAUGGAGAAGAGCCAUCUAAAACAUUUAGAAAAUGGCAGGUGGGUUAAAUUUGUCAAUAUGCGUCUUGAAGUGCAUGCAGGACUAUGGCAUGGCGUGUUGACUCCAUCUACAAAGCUUCGGUACAUACGGAAUGAUGAUGAUCUCAUAAAACAGCGUGAAAGUUUGUAUGGUGAGCGAAUGUCUAAGAACAUGAGAAGAAUGCCUUUUUGGAGCUUUCCUUGGCCUUCACCUAUUACAGUGGUUGAUCAUGAUGAUGCCCGAUUGAAUACUUUAAUGGAUGUCCUCACCCAUUCAGAGGUGACGGCGAAAUACAAGUGUAUUGUUCGAGUAGUAGCAGCAAUGCCAUGGUCACCCGAAAACUUCCUCUCUGAACAUGGGAUUUAUGUGAUGCGCCUGACUCUAGAGGAUCCAACAGCUAGAAUCCAUGCUUUUGUGUAUGCUGAGGAUGGGGAAACCCUAUUUGAUGGUUAUCCUAGCAAUGCCAUCUUGACACAGAAGAUGAACUCGUUACUUGGAGUAAUUUUAUGUGAUGAUAGUAUAGUACCGAAGUGUGCCUUCAGAAACCCACCAUGGGUUCAGGUGUGUCUCAAGUCUUACUACACUUCUAAACAUGACAUCUGGGGCAGUAGACAAUAUAGAAUAUUUGACACCAAAAUUGUGCCAAGAGUGUGAUAUCAUAUUAGAAAGGUUUUUGUUUUCACUAGAUUGUAAACAUGGUAUGACGUGCAUUUAGGUGAAUAGAGUUUCAGAGACUUUAUCAUGACACAUGUUUUUCUUUUUGACAAGCAAGGAAUGUUGCUUGGACAGAAUGUGCAUGUAUGGAAGGGUAUGAAGAUGCCUACAUGUGUCAAAUUUUCAUGUAUGUAUAUGACAUACACUUAUGCUAUGACACACAAUUUAAAUGUACGUAUAUGAACGUGCUGCUUAUUCUGUAAAUUUUGGUUGGGUUAAAAGCUGUUGAUUUUGUUUA